AUGGUCAGGCGAACUCAGUAUCAUAGUCUCGAACGUUUGUCCUCAGGCGACAGUGGGUCCCCACGAAAAAUGGGCCACAUCUCCGGCAAGGCCUACAUCAAGGGCGAUAUCUACUUCGAUGGCUGCUACGAGGAGACCUGCCACAAGGGUGACUACUACGGCUACGGCUGCCACGCUGGCCACUGCGCCUACAUCUGCCACCCCAAGGGCUGCUACGAGGCACACGCCUACUCCCAGACCAGUGGCGAGAGCUGGGGCCAACAGGAGGGCUACGGCAAACGCUUUGAGAAGGGUGGCUCCAAAGGCCAGAGCCAUCUCAGCAACACUGUUGUCCUCUAG